AUGGAUUUUCACAAUAACAAAUCAGUGGCCAUGGGUGAUGUCUUCGCUCCUGCACGUCGUCAACUUCACCCGUUAUCUCAUCACACUUCAUCACCGCCCCGUCCGAAUUUUGCUUCAACCAGCCAACAAGUUACUCUGCACUAUCGCCCGCAAGCAGGGAGGAAACAGUUCGAGCCAAGUUGGCAGCAAUUUCACGCCGAUAGACUGGCCAACUCGUGUCGACGCGAAAUGGACGCUGUAGAUGAAGAAAUGAUUAUGAGAUUGUGUUAUGCUCUUGAACUUGACAAACUUUAUGUGCUUCCUGAUUUAGGACUCAGUGCUGACAUUGUGAAUAGGAUGUAA